AACUAACUUUAAUCCAUGUUGUACUUGUGUUAGUACAGACUGAUGUUUUCGUGACAUAGAUGACAUACAGUACAUGCUGCUUCUCUUAGUGUCCUCAUGUGGACAAACGUGGCAUUACAAGGACACUGAAACAAACUGAUGACGAAAGAUUGAAAGAGAAAGAUGAUCAUUUCUCAAGGUGAAACAUUACUUUUAAAUCCUUCUGGGUGCCAGUGAAGCUUUAGGCCUUUUCUAUUAUUGGCCUGUUCAUGGAAGAACGUCCAUCCGAAGGUAGACACUUAUUUAAGACAUAAAUAAUCACAUAGUGUCCAGAAACACAAACAGUAUUUCCCUACAUGUCUCUGGAAACGUUGCACCCGCUGUGUGGACAAACUGAAAAUGGCACCAUAAUGGGAGUCAUGUGGAUCUUAUUGAGGCAGGAGGUGUCCGGAGGAGCUGUGGUUGACAACCCUAUGAAAAGCAGCCUCUCUUGUGCACGUCAACCAUUUUAGGAGAGACAAACACAUCACAUCACAACACAGGGGGAUGCAAGUUUGGACAGAAAACGUUAUACAACACAGCCAUGGAGCCAUUUGUUGCAGUUUAACCUUUUACAUGGGAAAGGAUUAUAACAUGCAUCUUUAUUCAGGAGCAAUGUGGUGGGCUCUAACCAACGUGACCUUCUUCACUAAAGCAUGUCAGAUCUUUGUAAAGAUCAUCCUGAUGACGUGGUUGAUCCCGCUUCUGGUGUACCUCGGUCAACUGAGAGCACAGCUCGGGACAACCCCCAACAUUAAACACAUUGUGGUUGGACGCUGCUACGAUUACAUCACUCUAGUCAACCCAAGCUUAAGGUAUGACUGUGAGGAGAUCUGGAGACAGUUUGAGGAGGCGGUGCUCCUUCAGUCUUCCUGUAACGUGACAGUGGAGAACUAUCAUCCCAUGUUUUACGCAAUCCCACAAAAGUGGCCAUGUGAUAGAUCUCUCUUCUGGAGCAAAACCAGAACGCUGAUGCACAGCUACGCUGCUGCCGUACCUCACUUCUGGACGCUGGAGGACACGCUGGUCGGCUUCAUGUUCAACGACCUGAUCUGGUGCGGACAAGACGCGCGUCCUGGUUUUGAUUUCAGCUCGUGUCCGGCGUGGUCGGCGUGCAGGAACCAUCCGGUGUAUUCCCUGUGGAGGCAGGCCUCACAGAGUUUUGCAGAAAUGGCGUGUGGCAACAUCACCGUGUUACUGAACGGCUCUAUUGUCAACGCCUUCGACAGGAAGAGCAUGCUUGGAAGUGUUGAACUGGACAGCCUGAAUCCACACAGGGUGGAUUAUGUCAACAUUAAGGUGGUCGCCAAUCUAGACGGACCAUAUAUAGAAUCAUGUCAUCAAGGAUCCAUCAUGGACCUGAUCCAGAUCCUCCAGUCCAGAGGUUUCCACUGGACUUGCACAGACAACGACCAGACCCUGAUGAUCCUCCAGUGCAUCCAGGACCCCAAACAUCCCUCCUGCCAGACAUAUGCUGCCAAUCUGACACAAAGAAAGAGCCUCACAUCCGAAUGAUUUACCCAUUUUAGUUUUUUUUUCCCUUUGAUUUACCCUUUUAAAUAAACAUGGAAU